GAAAAAACGACAGAAUUUCAAGAGAAAAAUAUAAAGGAAAGUUGAGCUGAAUAUCGUUUCGGAAAACAUUUCCUUCCAAGUGGAAGCCUUAGGCGAACUUUUCUCUAUUGAAGUCCAUUUUUUCUGGUACUUUUUGUCGAUCAACAUUGUCGUACAAUAAAUCAAUACUUGAGCAUAAAUAGUGGGAGAAAAAGUUGGAUUUUUUAUUGAAAAUUCAUCGAUUUCACAUCGAGAAAGAAGCUGGUUUAACCAUGGAGCCCUACCUUUCUGGCUACUAACUGUAAUUUGAAAUAUUCUGGAUAGAACGUGCGAAAAUUGCAGCUUAAAAUAUGUUGGUGAAAACCGCCAAAUCGAAUCGAAUUUGAACUCGAAGACAGCCACAUUAUAUAAAGUGAGUAUGUCGAUAAGUAUGUAUCAAUUUACGAUGUUAGAAGUCAAUUAGAACAGUAAAUUGUAAGUUUUUGAGACGUUUUUAUCGAUGUUUGAAGGUAGUUUUAGGCAGGUUUGAUAUCAAAUAUAGACAGAUGCGGGCAUUUUUUCAUGAAUUAGUCUAGCGUGAAAUGUUUGACAUACUAUGCCAUUCUUAUGACAACAGCCAUUGAAAUAUGAAGCGUAAUUAUUAACUGUUUACUCUAAAGUAUAAAGCUUCCCCGAAGAAAUAUGGGCUAUCUUACUAAGGUGUUUAUAUAUACAUGAAUGUAUAAAGUUCGAAAAAUGCGUACAAUACAAAGGCCUAAUAUUUCUCAUUCCAUAUAUACGAUUCGAAAUUGGACAAUAUGCAUCAUCAUUGUGCAUAUUUUCAAUAUGACAAUAUGCACACAUCUGUGUUAAUUUCUGAUACCAAUAUACACUUGCUUAUUUUUGUAGCUAUUUGUAUUCGAUAACUAAAAAGUCGAAUUAUAGUAUUAUAUGAGGAUUUAUAAUCUGGUUUAUAAGGGCAACAGGUCAUGUUGAUAAUAAAUUCAAGUCCAGAAAGCAGUUAUUGUCAAACUUCAUCCCUAAAAAUAUUUGGGUCCCAGUUGUUUCACCAUGACGAAUAAAGUCAGCUGGCACGAAACAGAUGAAAAUAGCUGAUUUUUACUUGUCAAGGGGAGAAUGCUGGCACUCGAUGGGUUUGUCAACCACAUUACAAUCGAUUUCGCAAAACGUUCCAAAGUUUGCAAAGUUCAUGGUGAAAUUCCAAAGUUCAUAAUAACAUUGUAAACUGUAAACAUCUGAUUGACUUCUUUCAACUAUGAACCAAUCAGUAGCUUUGUUUGCAAACAAGGUUGUGAAUUUCAAUAUAUGAACUUUUGAACUUCGGAACUUUGAAACAAAGUUUGGAACAUUUUGGCAAACGUUUUGUGAAGUCGACAGUAAGUUAUAUUGUGUCAUAAUGUGCCCUACAUUAAUUUAAGCAGGCGCUAAACAAUGUGUAAUCUUCGAAUUUAAUUCAGACAAAUUUCAUUGUAAAAAGUAAAUUUGUCUGAAAUGUGAGACAAAGUCGUUGCCGAGAGUUUGGUAUGAUAAAAAUUUAUAUUUUUUGUGUCAUAAUUUUAGUUGAAGAAUAUAUUUUUCCAUCAUGGCAAAACCGAGAAGGGUUGAUGGUCAAAUGCCGAGGAUGCGGCAAACAGACCUUGACAUGUUUUGGAAGGAGUACGAGUCAAUCGAACCAACAGUUGUAGAGACCAAUGACGAGGAAGAUGAUCAUUUAAAUGGUAACAUUAAUGGCUAGUAAUUAAAAUGUACACUGCAUUGACAGGGUACGAAUUAAGGUGUCAAAACAGCUUCGCAAAAAUUUUGGUAAAUAAAUACUGCCUAUUUCAAAACCAUCCUCAGAAAUACCGUAUGAAUAACUCGUUACAUAUUAUUCUGACAUUGCAGAGUACAACGAAAUUCCGAAAUUCAUUGUCUCGAACGAGUUCAAAUCCCGCUUGAGACAACGAACUUUUCAUUGUACUCUGCAGUGUCUUGCUGUACUGGUGAUUACUAUAUUCAGCUAGCAUAUUAAAAUGCAAGACAGGUCAUUUUGUUAAAAAUGUUAGUUAUAAAUUAAGCAACAAGCAAUACUUAAUUUGUGUGUUCACAAAUAAUUUUCAAAAAUAAUUACUAGCAACAAGGCCACCAAUGUUCACAAAAAAACCCUGUUUAACCUUUAUGUAAACGUUUCUCAUAUCUGCGCGUACCGAAGGAAGUCUAAGUAAAAUCUAAACUGAUUUAAAUAUUACUUACAAUAGGAAACAAUUGAAUGAAUAAGAUCGAAAGGCCGAAAUAUAUGUGUCGUGUUUUCAUGUGAACUGUCAAAACAUUCAGAAAUGCGAUUACAUUCCUAGGCUACGCCCGUGCACCAAUUACUGGCAUUUUGACAAACUGCAAACCAUUUUACUUUUAGGCGUAAAGUAAACAUCCGGUUUGUAGUAUUUAGCCGCCCUUAAUAUUAACCGUGAUUGAUUACAGCAUAAAUUGGGAUUAUAUGACUGCAACCUGACUACAAAACAAAAAUCAAAGCCUCGUCAAAACAAUAUAAACAGCAGACAAACAAACUAAAAGCAAAAACAGCGCGUUCGGCUCUCUCAUAUUCAUGUUCGUUAUGUUUAUGCAAUAUAUUUUCAAAAUUUUCACUUCGCAUUUUCCUGUGUGCCAAGCAAUUUCGCUUCGCAAAAAUGUACAGAUGCUUCGCAAAUUGCGAAGUGCAAGCCGUUAAUUCGUACUGAUUGAUCACACUCUAUUAAUAGAUUAAUAGAUUUACUGAUGCUAUUUGUCUGACGAUAUAUUUUACUUGUUCUUUAAUUAAGCCAUUAAAUCGGAUUUCGCCCCCUACUUUAUUACCUUACAUUGUCAUUAGACAGACAUUUUACUUGUUAAGGAGAGAGUACUGGCGUUCAAUGGAUUAUUCAGACUGAUUAUCUGCCCAUUAAUGUCUAGUUAACCAUUGAGUCACAUUGUGCCGUAAUGUGCCGUGCUUUAUUAUCUUACUCUGUCUAAUGCCAGACGAUUUUACUUGUCAAGGGGUCAGAGCAUCUGGUAGUCAAAUUGGGUUAACCCACUGAGUUGCAUUGUGCCAAAAUGUGCCCUGCUUUUCUAUUUUAAUCUGCUUAAAUGCCAGAUGAUUUUACUUGUCAAGGGGAGAGUGCUUCCGCUCAUGGGUUUAUAAUCAGACUAUCUACCCAUGUUUCUAGUUAACCCAUUGCGGCCUGACUAUAUUAUUUUACUCGGUCUAAUGCCAGAUGAUUCUACUCGUUUAGGGGAGAUUGAGCGUUGGCAUUUAAUAUGUUAAUUAAUAAUUUAUUAAAAGUUUGUUUCUUAUUAUAGAACUGGAGCAUGAUGUUCGGUGGUUAGAGGAAGCAGGAUUUGAUUCGAUUGUGAAAAAUUAUAGAAGUAAGUGGAAAAAACCCUCAUUAAUCUAUUAUUAAAUGGCCCCUUGACCCCUUCCUGGCUUCGAUUGCUAAUAUGCCUUAUUAAUCCAUUAAUUAGCAUUGUAUCCUUUACAUUAUUCUACAAUAGAGAUGUGUAAAUCCUAUCCGAAACCAAUCUGAUCGGAUUCGUAGUCGGAUCGGACUUUGAUUACCAGGGCUGCUGUGAAAACUAAAGGUUUACGGCGUUUCCGUUUAAUAAUUUUUCCAUUUUGUUUAUUUCGAAUUGUCUAACCCUAUUUGUAAAGAAUAAAAGAUAUGAGUUCUUUUGCUGUUCAAACAUCAAUAGCGCAGUCAAUCAGAAAUCAAACAAUGUCCAGUUUUUUGGGGGACACCCCGUCCAAUGCCAUACAAUUUUAUGACACCAGAAUAAACACUUUCUUCUGGCUUAUUUCUAUUUCAGACAGCAAAGAAAUAAAUGCGGAGGACAUUGAUUUCAAAAACAUUACAUCGUCCCUAACGAGGAAGCAAGCCGAAGCAGUCAAAAGACGUGUGAACAAACUAAAUGCGAAAGUGAAAGAAAGAUUAAGUCUACAGGAAACGUCUGAAGGGCCACAACGACUCUUUUUGCCUGAAAAUUUCCAAAACAACAACUCGAAGCAGCGGGCAGAUGUCAGGUCGAUAUUUCCUAUGCAAACUGUGGGGGAGGCGAGUAAUAAGCCAAAACCCUCCUAUAGAAGUCGGCAUUCAUAUAGCGAGGGUGUGCCCCUCUCCAGAUCUGAGGUACAAGAACCAAAAUGUAUUAUGUAUGUAGCUUGUAUGCUAUGUCUUCAGAAUAAUGAAAUUGAUUCUUUCUUUAGAAAACUUACAUCCAGUGCCAUAUAAGAUGAUGAUGCCUUAAUUAAAUGCAAACCUUUUCUUCCACCAUUCUGAUACAGACAUAUUUCUAUUGUGGACACCUUUCCAAUUCAAACACUUUAGUCUUUCUAGUACAGACACCUAUCUAAAUCUAAUAUCAAUACCUCUCUGAUACAGAAACAUUUCUAAGACAUAUCUCUAAUACUGACAAUUUCUCUAAUACAGGCACCUCUCUAAUACAGACACUUUUCUAAUACAAACUCUUUUCUAAUACAAACACUUUAGUCUUUCUAGUACAGACACCUAUCUAAAUCUUACAUCAAUACCUCCCUGAUACAGAAACAUUUCUAAGACAUAUCUCUAAUACUGACACUUUCUCUAAUACAGGCACCUCUCUAAUACAGACACUUUUCUAAUACAAACUCUUUUCUAAUACAAACACUUUAGUCUUUCUAGUACAGACACCUAUCUAAAUCUAAUAUCAAUACCUCCCUGAUACAGAAACAUUUCUAAGACAUAUCUCUAAUACUGACACUUUCUCUAAUACAGGCACCUCUCUAAUACAGACUCUUUUCUAAUACAAACACUUUUCUAAUACAAACACCUCUCUAAUACAGACACCUCUCAAAUACAGACACCUCUAAUACAGACACCUCUCUAAUACAGACACCUCUCUAAUACAGACACCUCUCUAAUACAGACACCUCUCUAAUACAGACACCUCUCUAAUACAGACACCUCUCUAAUACAGACACCUCUCUAAUACAGACACCUCUCUAAUACAGACACCUUUCUAAUACAGACACCUCUCUAAUACAGACACCUCUCUGAUACAGACACCUCUCUAAUACAGCCAUCUCUCUAAUACAGACACCUCUCUAAUACAGACACCUCUCUAAUACAGAAACCUCUCAAAUACAGACACCUCUCUAAUACAGACACCUCUCUAAUACAGACACCUUUCUAAUACAGACACCUCUCUAAUACAAACACCUCUCUAAUACAGACAUCUCUCUAAUACAGAAACCUCUCAAAUACACACACCUCUCUAAUACAGACACCUCUCUAAUACAGACACCUUUCUAAUACAGACACCUCUCUAAUACAAACACCUCUCUAAUACAGACAUCUCUCUAAUACAGACACCUCUCUAAUACAGCCACCUCUCUAAUACAGACACCUCUCUAAUACAGACACCUCUCUAAUACAGACACCUCUCUAAUACAGAAACCUCUCUAAUACAGACACCUCUCUAAUACAGACACCUCUCUAAUACAGACACCUCUCUAAUACUGACACCUCUCUAAUGCUGACACCUCUCUAAUGCUGACACCUCUCUAAUACAGACACCUCUCUAAUACAGACACCUCUCUAAUACAGACACCUCUCUAAUACAGACACCUCUCUAAUACAGACCCCUCUCUAAUACAGACACCUCUCUAAUACAGACACCUCUCUAAUACAGACCCCUCUCUAAUACUGACACCUCUCUAAUACAGACACUUCUCUAAUACAGACCCCUCUCUAAUACAGACACCUCUCUAAUACAAACACUUCUCUAAUACAGACCCCUCUCUAAUACAAACACUUCUCUAAUACAGACACCUCUCUAAUACAAACACUUCUCUAAUACAGACACCUCUCUAAUACAAACACUUCUCUAAUACAGACACUUCUCUAAUGCAGACACUUCUCUAAUACAGACACUUCUCUAAUACAGACACCUCUCUAAUACAGACACCUCUCUAAUACAGACCCCUCUCUAAUACAGACACCUCUCUAAUACAGACACCUCUCUAAUACAGACACCUCUCUAAUGCAGACACCUCUCUAAUACAGACACCUCUCUAAUACAGACACCUCUCUAAUACAGA